AUGGCUUCACUACGCCAAAACAAUGGCAGGGGACAGUCAGCUGUCUCUGGGGCCCAAGUCGGCCGCCUUUACCUCAGCUCCACAGAACUUGCCCGCCAAAGUGACGCGAUUGUUCUGCAACGGUCGCUCAGCUUGAAGUCUGUUAUUUGCACGACUUCUUCCUUUAGCCAGAGUGCGCGCUCUAGCCCCGAAUUACAGGAAGUCAACCAGAUUGGCACUGGCCGACGGGGUACCGUUUUCGAGGUGGUUGGAAAGCCUUACGUUUUCAAAAAAGAGAACCCGGUGAAAGAUGAACGGCCCUCACCUUUUGGCCGCGAGUAUGAUCUUGCCCACAAAUAUGACAUUCGCCGCGAAUAUGAAACCCACUGCGACGUUUCGAAGGCAUUCGAAGAGUACAGGAGUAUCACUCACUGUUUACUCCGCGUUCCGACGCCCUACAAGUUUAUUUCCCAAACGCAAGAUGAUGUAUUCUGGGAUGAAGUCUUUCCAAAGAUCCCCCAGGAUCAUCGCACUCGCGGGGAUCUCUUCACCAUGGAACGGAUUCUUCCUCUACCGAAGGUUGUACGAAAAGCGCUCAUCACUCAUCUGUACGCCCGGAACCUCGGCGCCUCUCAAGUCCAGUCCCUUCUCAACGACCCAGUCAAUAAGCACUGUCUUGCGGGAGUGAACAUAGCCUCUCCGUUUAAUGGCCCCCCCAAAUACAACAAAUUGGCUCCACUUCAAGACUUUCCUCUGCAUUUCUCGACCUUUCGAAAUCUUGGCAUCAAUAUUGCCACGCUCGCUCAAGAAAUUGGCAAGGCAUUUGCAACCCUGCACUGGGGCGCCGCCACGACUGGCAUAGAUGUGAAAUUCGCGCUUGGCACAUCAACCAUCGAGGAGGAAAGAGCUCUCGCUGAGGGUGGUCUGGACUUUCAGUAUCGCGAGGUUGGACUGUAUCUUUUGGACUUCAGCCAAUGCAAGCCGAUUGACCUAGCAAAGGGCCGUCAACUCGUUUACAAUGAGUUGCAAGAUAGUCUGCUAGGCUCACGUUUUAUUCCAUUUUAUCUGUAUUGCCCGGAGUUCGUGGCUUUCAAGAAUGCGUACAUUGACGCUGGCAAUGCUAUUCUAUCGGCUAAGAACCUCACUGACAAAUUCAAUGCGGAGGAAUUCAUAAAGCGAUAUGAGUACAUGGCCGAGGGUUACCUAGAGAUGGCUACGGAAGCUAGCAUUGAUCAAGAGUGGUAA